AUGUAUACCGAGGACGCGGCGACGAAGCUGAGCGAUCGUGUGAGGAGGCGGUGCUUCAAUUGCUGCACUACGGAUACGUCUACUUGGCGCCGGUCGAAUCUCAGUCCGGGGAAAGUUCUCUGCAACAAAUGCGGUCUCUUCGAGCGUACGCACUCCCGUCCGCGCCCCGAACAGUUCCCACACAAGCGCGGCCCCCUCGCGUCCUCCGCACUGCGGAGCCGGUCCCCCGCGCCCCUGCCUCCUCCCAACCAGAUCGCGCCCAUGUCCCCGCCCUACCAGUACUCCUCUGCUCCGCCUUCACAUACUUUGCCGCCCUUUGACAGCGGGAAACGCUCCUAUAGCCCGCCUCCCCCGUUGCAUGUGUCGUAUUCCAGUGGGGACGAGAGGAGGGGGCAAGGACAGGGUGGUGGUGGUGGUGGCGAGUCCAUCUCGACUCCUGUGAGCCGCCAGCCGAGCCCACCUCCCAAGCAGGAAGUCGUUGCUUGA